GAUUAUAUCGUUUCCAGUCUCCACUCUCCACUCUCCAUGGUUUCAAAAUAUUACAUCGAUUCUAUUAAACAAUUCAAUAAUAGUUCAAAUAAAUUAAGCUGGAAUCUAAAAUCUUCAAAAUUACAGAAAUAUAAAACUAAUUAUUUGAUCGAGGCACCUACGUGUUAAUAUUAAAUCAUGGAAACACUUCAACGUCCAUCUUCUGAUAAUUUAAAAGAAUCAUUCACUGAAGUACUUGAACCAAUACUAUUCAAAAAUAUAUUAUGCACUACUGAGGGAUCUAAUUGUUGGAAAUUACUUGAUUGGUCUUUAAACAACUUUGCAGCGAAAUGUGGAAAUUCAAAAUUACCCUUUAGAGUAGGAAGAAAUACAUACACUAUUGAACCCCAAUGGGAAGUCAAUACAGAAAUUGAGCAUAAGACUAUGGAAGAAUUUCUGAGAGAUACAACAAGAAACUGUGAUUCAUCAAAAUGGUUUUACUUUGAUUACAAAUAUAUGAAUAAAUGGUUUAAUGAUAAACCCGAAAUUCUAGAAUCUUUCAACUGGCAACAAUUUGGUUUAGAUUUGGGAAGCUCAGAUUCUACUAUAUGGGUAGGAAGCAAAGGAGCUCAUACAAAUUGUCAUCAAGACACCUAUGGCUGUAAUUUAGUAGCGCAAACACAUGGAAGAAAGUUAUGGCUUUUAUUUUCACCAAAAUGUACCAGUUUUAUGCAACCCACUCGUAUUCCAUAUGAAGAAUCAACUAUAUAUAGUAAAUAUAAUUUUUUUAGUCCAAGCCAAAUAGAAAUCCAAGCAAUACAAAAUAUGCUAGAACCUGUUAAAAUGGUAAUUCUAGAACCAAGAGAUGUACUCUUUAUUCCUAAAGGAUGGUGGCAUUAUGUUGAAUCUUUAGAUACCAGUUUGAGUGUAAAUAUAUGGCUACCAUUGAAAGAAGAUUGUAUAUCAAGGUUAAAAGAAACACUUGUACAUCUAGUUAUAAAUACCAUUGGGGAUGGUGUAUCACGAACUGAAGAUCAAUCUGAAUCUAGUCUUCUCGAAUGUGUUGAAUUGUUAGAAAACUCAAUCAAAGAAUGUAAAAUAGCUAGCUUAGUGCAAGAGCCUUCUAUAAAGAAGAAGAAAAUAAAUGUUGAUAUAACCAAUGUAUUACAAUCUCUGAAAAUGAAAUAUUCUAGUUAUAUGAAAUCAUUACCUGAUUUGACUUCUAAAAAUAUAUCUGAUUUCACUAGUAAGAAUAAUAUUGUUGCAAGUAAUAUAAGCAAAAAUAACCAACAUGUAACUGAAAGUAAUCAGCCAUCCAAGUUAGAACUAAUUGAAGCGGUAGUAGAUGCAUUUUGCAAUCCAGAAAUCGUGGAGAAUGUGUCAAAGAUUUUAAUGCACAAAUUUCUAUAAAGAUAGGAUCAAUAAGCUGACAUUAAUAAGAA